AGGGGGUUUCAAAAGCAUCAAGGUAAAUGAUUUAUUAAGGUAAAAUAGUUUCUCUAUGAAAAUAAAUUGUCUGCCUCAAGGAGAUCUAGAAAAGCAUAAUCCACUCUUACAAUUGAAAUAUUAAAGGACAUAUGCAUCUUGGAUAAAACUAAACAAAGUGAAAUAGCUAUAAGCUACAUUGAUCAACUGUGAUAAUGAACACUUAUGAAGCACCUGUUGUAACAAAGUGUUAAGCCCUUAUCUGUAGUAGUUUAUAAUUUUGAAUAUAAAACUUUAAAUAACCGUAUGCACAGGAUCCAAACAGUAGUUGAUGUUUAGUCUUUCAGGCAAUCAAAUAGUAAGGCACAUAAUUUAAAAAUCAUGUGCAGUUGAACAUCAGUAUAAUGUCUGUUUUUCCUCAGCCAUUUCAGCUGGGUGACUGAGUGGCAGUGUGAUUUAGAGCGCGGUGUGCCACAGUCCGCCUUCCCUGUCUUGCCUUUCCCCCUUUCUAACCAAGUCCUGCUAGAUCUUAUACAUCUACAGUACACGUGGGAAGAGUAGUACCUCAAAGAUUGCUUAGCCCAAAGCAAAAUGCUUUCCAUUUAUCACAUCAAGUUCAUUUUAAAAAGGCUUAUUAUGUCAGCUACGUGACUAAGCAGGAAAUGAUGGUGACAAGUUUUUGAAAGCAUAAUUUCUCCAAUAAACUAGCCUGUGAAUAUUGCCUCAGAAAAUUACUAUAUUUGUUAUUAUGUAAGUGCAAACAGGAAAAUUUGCUUAUGUGAGUCUGCAUGAUGUGGAAUUGCACAUUUCAAAAAGCUCAGUCAGAAGCUGGUCUUACUGUGCUUCUAGGCAACAGUAAGUGAAAGCUCUAAAUAUAGGGAAUGUUAGUUGUCACUUAAACAAAGAAAGGUAAAUGUUAACUUUCCUAAGCCUUACCUCAAAACUUAACUUUUCUACUUCAUUUAGAAGGUUAGAUGAUGUUACUUACAUAGUACAGUUAGAAAACUGAAUAAAUUACAUCCUGCUUUCCUUGCCUCUUAGCACUUAGAUUUCAUGCUUUGUGACUGUGCAUAUGCAUGUUUGUGUAUGUGUGUUUAUGAUAUUAGUAUUACUCUAGUUUAUAAUUAGCACUAAGUUGAUAUUCUUUGUCUAAAAUAAAUUUUAUAGCUACUCUAGAAGUAAUAGUAAUUGAAUUCCAAUCACAUUUACUCUGAUGCUUAAAUAUGAAAUUAAGAAUUUGAUUUUUAUGACAUAACUUUAAUUUUGAUAUAGGCCUCUCAGAGCUUAAUAAUUACAAUUGAUUUCCCCAAAAAGUAUGUUACUUAAUAAAUUUUAGGAAAAAAGCAAAAAACAGCUGUAGAGAAAAUAAAAAAUUAGCCUUCCUCAGUGGGAAUGGGAAUUAUAGAAAUACAGCAUUAACUAAAAUUUAAAAAUAGAUGUUAUAUUUUGGAAGGCAUUGCAGGUAUACUCUAAAAGGCCAUAGUAAAAAUAACCUUAAUGAUUGUCUAUUAUAUUUUAAUUUUUAAAAAUUUACCAACAAAUUUGAAAUUCAAGGCAAAUAACUUAAAUUGUAGUCAGUAAAUUCAUCUUUAGUUUGGACCUCUGAAUUUUGUCACUUUUCACCCUUUUGGCCAACAGAAUAAAAAUACAAUUAAAUGAAUAACUUCGUCUAGUUUUGCCUUAUACAGGUUUCUUUUUCUAAGGUUAUCACUAACUCUGUUCUUAUUAUAGGGUAAGUACUUGUCAAAUAGUAUUGAUUUGAUUUAGUAAAUGUAAGUUAUAGAUAAAUGGAUUGUUAUUUACCAGGUCCUCUUACUUUGGGAUCCAUCUUUUACAGAUGACUUACAGGAUGUAAUACAGAGAGCUGUCCAAAUUGGUGUUAAAAAGAUAUGUUUUUCAGUACAGUUGGAUGUCAUCCUACAAGAUGUGAUGAAUUUGAAAAGAAUAACCCCGAUAUUUACUUAAUGGAGUUGCUAAAUCUUGCUGAAAACAACAAGGGGAAAGUUGUGGCAAUAGGGGAAUGUGGACUCGAUUUUGACCGACUACAGUUUUGUCCCAAAGAUACUCAGCUCAAAUAUUUUGAAAAACAGUUUGAACUGGCAGAACAGACAAAAUUACCAAUGUUUCUUCACUGUCGAAACUCACAUGCUGAAUUUUUGGACAUAAUGAAAAGAAAUAGAGAUCGGUGUGUAGGUGGAGUGGUGCAUUCAUUUGAUGGUACCAAGGAAACAGCAGCUGCUUUGAUUGACUUGGAUCUCUAUAUAGGAUUUAAUGGUUGCUCACUGAAAACUGAGGCUAAUUUGGAAGUUUUGAAGUCAAUACCUAGUGAAAAAUUAAUGAUUGAGACUGAUGCACCUUGGUGUGGAGUCAAAAGUACCCAUGCUGGUUCAAAAUAUGUAAAAACGUCAUUUCCUACCAAAAAGAAAUGGGAAAAUGGGCACUGUUUGAAAGACAGAAAUGAACCCUGCCAUAUAAUUCAAAUACUGGAGAUAAUGUCAGCAGUAAGAGAUGAGGAUUCACUGGAAUUAGCCAAUACGCUAUAUAACAAUACCAUUAAAGUAUUUUUUCCUGACAUGUAAUUGGUAUGUAUUUUGCAUCAUGUAUGCGAAGUUUCAUGAUAAAACUUAAUGAAAGUUACAAUAAAGGAAUUCUCUGGAA